AUGAAUCACGUUCCAAAACGUACCAGGACCAUUGAGUCUGGUGCCUGUUCACACUGUGUCAAACAGCGUGAGCGGUGUUACAUUGGUGUACGCGGCAUCCCUUGCUCUAAUUGCCGGCGCUCGAAGGUCCGUUGCGAUGGACUUGCGAGCCAAGAGCUCCAAGUCAAGAAGCGGAUUCCUCCGAGAGUGUAUUGUGACGAAGCGCUGUUUGAAUCGCAAAUCCGUCGAGUAGAGCAGGAACAGGCAUCCUGUCCGGUCCGCUUCACGGUACCGUUCACGGCACCGGUCACCGCGGCCGACCCUCUGGAAAAUUAUGUUUCCAUCAUCCAUCAAUUUCUCGGCCCUAAACCACUCGAUCCGCCAGCGACGGUCAAUUUUCCUCGCUUUGUGUCCGAGAUCCCGAAGCAUCUAGAUAUAAGGGACCUAGAUUCCCUCGAGAGCAAAGGGGCUCUGUGUCUUCCUCCUGACCCCUUUCGAAAACAACUACUCAAAAGCUACAUAUUAUGGGUUCACCCUCAAUUGCCGAUACUAGAUCUCGAGAGGUUUCUGCGCGCAAUUGCCGAUAAUGAUGGCAAAAACCGCCUAAGUCUGCUUUUGUUCCACGCGGUCAUGUUUGCUGCCUCGGCCUUUGUGGACAUCUCGCAUAUCCAAAACGAAGGAUACAAAUCACGGACGGAGGCUCGCUAUGUCCUGUUUCAGCGUGUAAAGGCGCUUCUGGACCUGAAUUGCGAGGACGAUGCCCUUGCGACUGUUCAAGGGCUGCUCCUAUUGACCCAUUGGAAUGAUCUCCCCACCACCGAAGGAGACGCCAUUCAUUGGAUUGGCAAGGGGUUUUCGUUGGCAAUCUCCAUCGGGCUGCACAAGAACCCCGACUCUACAGUUUCAUUGUCGGAUAGCAGGGUAUGGAGACGUACUUGGUGGGGUGUGCACAACCAUGUUCAGCUGACCGCUGGUAACUUGCCAUCCAUGGUUAGCAUGCAGAAGGAGCAUGGGAAGGGGCUCCGGUUCGAAAUGCCGAUCAUCACGUUGAAUGACUUUGAGUUCUGCGUGCUUUCUCCCGAGGCUCGGGCAGUCGUGGAUGACUGCGAGCUCCUAUACAAUAUAGAGUACCAAAAGACGCAGGCUUUGGUAUUUAUCCAAAAAACAAGGCUUUGUCGGUUGUCACGUUUCUCGAUCAUCUCCAGCCGAUUUAAAGGACUGGUGAACGGAAGAUGCAACCCAGAGAUGGAAAUAUGUCUGGAAACCGCCCCGACUCCGGACGAAUCAGAGGAACUUCGCCGAUGGCUGUUCCAGCUUCCACACGGGACGAUCCCUCACUGUCCGCCUGACUUGGUACCGACUGAAUGUGCAAGGAGUAUUUACCUGCAUCAAGCAUGGCUUCGAUUGCUCUAUCUUGGGUCAACCUACGCCGUGCACUGCGAGGAAUCGCAAUCGCUGGGAGAUGCUUUCGUAGACUCCGUAAUGUCUUCGCAUUCAAAGGCCGCCGAGCAAUGUUUGAUGGAUAUGACGGAUCUUUUCGAUGAGAUUGAUAGCUUAGACUUAUCCGAGCAGUUGCCGUGUUUAGCAUCACUCUUGUUGGUGUUGUCUGUGACCUUUCACAGACAGAUGUUGCAGAAUGGUGUGCAAAACGAGAAGACCAGGAGCUCUCGCUCGCUUCAUAGGUGCUGGAAUGUCAUCCGAAAGCUGAAGGAAGCCUCUGAAAUCGCUCGCCGUUUGACGGUAGUAGUCGAGGAUGCUACCUGCGCUGACCUGUGGGAACUGCUCUCGUCAAUAAACCAGUCAGGCAGGAGACCAUCCCAAACACCACCUAGAAAGCGAAGGCGAUGUGAUUAG